AUGGAAGAUGGGUUUCAGGUGAUUGCUAAAACUCCAUACAGUAUUGCGGGGCCGAAACACUAUGCCACCGCCAGCGAAGCUGCUACUUUGCAAUAUCUUCAUUCCAGAAAUAUUCCUGUACCAAUGGUUUAUGGAUACUCGUCUUCGAACAACAAUCCUGUCGGUAUCGAAUAUACUCUCAUGGAAAAAGCUUCAGGUGUCAAUUUGGCAACUAUGUGGCUUAGUAUGAGCAAGAAACAGCGACAUAAACUUGCCUCUAGUUUCGUCGAAAUUGAGAGACAAUUCUUCGAUAUCCCUUUCGGAUCUAUAGGGAGUAUCUAUUACAAGAGAGAUAUCCCCACUGAGCUUCAAGCAUCUUUAUAUGAUACUAAUACUGACAACGACGGUCACUCGGAAAUCUUCUGCAUCGGCCCAACUGCAGACUAUAUGUUUUGGCAUGGGGCACGUGCUACCUUUGAUCUCGAUCGUGGGCCCUGGAAUGACCCCAAGAGGUACCUUGCAUCCAUUGCAGAGAAAGAAAUAGAAUGGGCUCGACGCAUCGGAAAGCCAGUAGAGCUUGACUUUCCACAUAAUGGCGUCUUCCCCGGGGUCAAGUAUCCCGAAGCCUAUAUUGAUCUCUUAGACAAGUAUCUCACACUGGUGCCAUACCUGAUCCCCAAAGACAUGUCGAGUCCAUUUAACCGCCCAACUCUCCGUCAUCCAGAUCUGAACCCAAAUAAUAUCUUCAUUUCGCCCGAAACCGGUACAAUAUCUUGUAUCAUCGACUGGCAACAUUCCAAGAUCGAGCCACGUUUCCUUGCUGCUGGUUAUCCCCGUGUAUUCGAAAGUCCAGAUCCUGAACCCUCCUCCGAACUCAUAGAACCAACGCCCCCAACACAUCACGAAGCAACGCCCGCUGAGGAGAAAGCCGCAGCUGACGAACUCUAUCGCCGCCGUCUUCUCUUUUAUUACUACCGUAUCUUCAACGGUCACCUGAACAAGCCACAUCUCGAAACCCUUCGUGACCCUAUCCUCUUCCCUCGUCAGCACCUUAUCGACAGAGCCGGCAGACAGUGGAAUGGAAACACGAUGACUUUGAAGGGCGCUCUACUUCGGAUUAUUGAAUACUGGCCUCAUCUCCCCGAGACAGCAGGUGUCUCAUGUCCUGUCGAAUUCUCCGAUUCCGAGACAUCUGGAUUUCAUGAGCAAGAGGAGCUAUGGUUCAGCCUUAACAAAGUCGUGGAGCAUUGGCGGGAUCAACUCGGUGGCGUUAAUGAAGAUGGUUGGAUCAGCAGUGAAAAGUACGACGAUUGUGUCCGGAAAGUUGCGGAGCUCAAAGCCUCUUUGAUUGCUACUGCGGAAGGGGACCAAGAAGACAUCUCUCUUUUGGAAAAGGGGUGGUUAUUCAGAGACCGUGAAGAAUGUCAAUAA